GGUUCUUCUCAGCUGAGAGCUGCUCGCUGCUGCCGCUUCUGUAUUUAUCACGCUCAUAAGGAAAGGAUCAUGUCGCUUUUAAUGGAUAAUCAAUUCAAUGAACUGCCCCCUGACAAGUCGCUCGACACUAAGACAUUCCUGGACAAUGUGUCUCAUCUCCCUGCGUUUUUUGACUGCUUAGGAUCAAAAGUGUUUUCAGUCAUCAAAUCAGACAUUAACGGCAAUAUAACGAAAAUUAGAGCGGUAUAUGUCACGGAUCCUGCAAAGUACACCACCCUGCAGGACAUUCUGGUGGCAGAGCGAGAAGCCCAUGGAGCAGAGUGGCCUAAAGUUGGAGCAACAUUAGCUCUGAUGUGGCUGAAGAGGGGUCUACGUUUCAUUCAGAUUCUGCUCCAGAGUUUGGCAGACGGGGACAGAGAUGAGAACAACCCAAACCUCAUUCGGGUGAAUGUGACCAAAGCCUAUGAGCAGGCACUGAAGAGAUACCAUGGCUGGAUUGUGCAAAAGAUUUUCCAUGCUGCAUUACUUGCAGCUCCCUACAGAUCAAACUUCCUGAAGGCUCUGUCAAAAGGAGAGGAAGUGAAAGAGGAGGACUGUCUGAUAAAUGUUCGUCAGUUCCUGGUUAAUUACACAGCCACUGUAGAUACCAUCUACGAGAUGUACACAAAUCUGAAUGCGGAGCUGGACUACACUGUUUGACGUCCCGGCACGUGACUGGACUGGACGUGCAGGAGUGCCCUGCGUAGCUCUCAGGUGUCGCAUACGUCCAGUUAUUUUUAGGAUUGAUUCGAUUUUUUUUUUUUCCCUUCUUGUGUGAUAUUUAUUUCUUUAAUGAAACUAUAAUUUUUAUUGCUUUGAAUUUGCUCUUUAGACAAUGCAAAUGCCUUAAUUAAAUGCAGCUUUUUCUUAUUUAAUUUAAUUUUAAUGCAGGAUUGUUGCAGUUUUCACUUUUGCACUGGACCAUUUUGGCAUGAUUUUGCGUGAGUUACUGCUUUAUAUACAACAGGCUGCUUCACCUUCAACUUUAAUUCCUGUUCAUUUCUUACAUUCAGAUGUUCUCAACCUGACUGCACAAGCUCAGUAAAUUUUACAUCUUCAAAUUUUUGGAUUCCACAGAGUGCCUUGCUGUUACUGAAUGAAUGUUUUAAAAAUAAGCUCCACAUUUAUACAGCUCCAGAAAGCUGGUUAUCUAUACAGAUAUCUACUGCCUGUUGUUAAUUUAAUCAAUACCAAAGCAGCUGAAACUGAUCAACAAACCUCUCUGCUACUUAACUGACCAGAUCAAUAUCCCAGAAGUCAACUGACUUUUCUAUAUUCUGAUUAAAAAGUGUUCAUUUUCCUUUAAUUUAUCUGUAAAUUCACCUGUAAAGAAAAGCUAGUAGAACAAGUUUGUUUUUUUUUUUAAACCUUUUUGUGGCGUUUGUUGUGCUUUUGUUCAGCAGCAGGGUGCGGCUUGUGUAUGCUUUGUUUGCGUUGUUCUGUGACCUAUUACAUCUUAACUGCUCUAACCAAAAUAAUUUUGAGAACUGAAGCUUUUUUUCAUUUCGGGUGAACAGCAACCCAUGUUCACAUUUACUCAUAAUUUAUGAAUCACAGGCAUAUUUUUUUUUUUUAAUAAGUGAAUGCUGUAUGCAGUGUUUCUUUCUGAAGAAAUUUAUAUAUUUGUUAAAACUUUUGACUCAAAUUAAAUAACUCAGUUUGUGAAUCUUA